AUACACAUUCUUAGUUCAAGAUGCAUUUUGUUGAAAUAUCAUAACAAUUCAGCAAAAAUGAAGUUCCACAUGCUUUGAGCUCCCUUAUACAGCCUGUUUGCCCGAAAGCAGUCAUGCCAAGCAGUCAUGGAUUUAUUAUAUGCUGAACCCCCUUCAAAGAAAACACCUAAGGAACCCAAGCCAUCAGUUCGCCUUGAAGUUUCUUUAUCAAGUCAAAGUGAUGCAACUGUAACUGAAGUCUCUUAUGCUGCCUUGCUCCAGGGAAGUGUAAAGAAAACAAAGCAAAGUGAGAAAAAUGGUGUGGAUUUGGACAAUCCUGCAAAGAGUGAUGCUGAGUCUUUAGCUCGUUACUAUGAAGCAAAAUAUGGAGGGGGAGGAGCUGGUAGUGGGAAGAAGAGGAGGAGGGAUCGGAUUCAAGAUCUAGCGGAUGUUGGUUAUGGAUAUGAUGAAACUGAUCCAUUUGUCGAUGAUUCAGAAUGUUAUGAUGAGAUGGUCCCUUCAAGCCUCACAACCCAGUUUGGUGGAUUUUAUGUCAACACCGGAAAACUUGAGUUCAAGCAAGUGUCCGAUGAUGAAGAACUUCCUCUAUCUGCUCAUCUUCAUAGGAAGAGGAAAACAUCUUUCUUUGGAUCAGGGGAUAGUGGGGAAGAGGGAGAUUACAAAAAUGCAAAUGGAUUAAAAUAUAAGAAAAUGGUUAAAAAACGCAAGUCAUCACUUGAUGUUGAAGAUAAAAGACGAAGGAAAUUAUCUUUGCAAGGAAAAGAUAAACUGAAUAAAUUGACAAAAGGGCCAAAGAAGAAACCAACCAAAGUACAAUUACUUGUUGCAAAGGCAAAAGCUCAACACCAACAGUUCAGUUCAUCAAACCAAUCACAACAUACCAGCUCAUCUGCAUGGGAAAUAAAUGUAGGUUCAGAAGCUGGUUCAAAACCUCAUUAUCUCAACCAAGAAAAGAUACAAAAUGGUGGAAAUAAUCUAAUGGACAUGGAGCAGGACUUACUCAAUUAUCUUGAUACUGAGGCUCAGAUCAACCAGUUUGAUAAAAGCAGUUUCAAUUCAGAUAAUUCUCGUAGUCCUGCACACCAUAAACAUGAAUCAGAACUUCCUCAUUCAAUUCCCGCUCUGAUAAAAGAACAAAUUUCAUCGCUCACCAAGAUGGCGAAAUCUAAUGAAAACGAAGGAAAGAUGAAAUUCUUUUCCGCUGAAGUAAACAACCUUUUGCUUGGCAUUGAGCAAGGGUCACAGAACCUGAGUACAAGAGAUCGUUCAGCAGUAUACCAGCUUCUCACAUUACUUGUACCAUGCUCCAAAGACACAUUGAUUAAACGAAUGAAGAAAUUGCAUUCUUCAAAGCAGGAUGAAGAUCUUCGUCAACCAAUGCAUCGUUUGAAACUCGCGAUAGAUGAAGUCAUGGAUGAACAGAUGAGGCAAUAUGAUGAAGAAUGUGCUGCACAACAGUUAGCAAAGUUGGAUGAUCGAGUGGCUGCAGCUUCCACAGACGAAGAUGAGGAUGGUGUUGUGCCACCUAGUGGUGAGGAGAAGACGAAGCGAACAUAUGCUCCGAGGAGAAAGUUCAAGUGGACGGAUAAAAUUCGAACUCUGUUUUUUGAUGUGGUGCAAGCAAAAGUGAUCCAGAUAGAAGCCCAAAAGAACAAAACUUUCCAAUCUGCUGAAGAAAACUUAAAAACAUUUUUCGAAAAUGAAGUAAAAGUUUUGUGGCCUAAAGGAUGGAUCCAAGCCCGCAUGCUGUUUAAAGAGAGUAGGGAAAUCCAUUAUAAAAUCACUGGAAACACAUUCAAGCACAAGAAAGUUGUUCUCAGCGGUAACAAGAAAAUUGUUGGUGGUAAGGUUGAGAAAAAGGCAAUUGUCACCAAUGCUGUGCCUCAGUCUGUUUCCAUGCCUAGCUAUGUACUGCCACCACCUGGUACAAGUGCUGCUAAGGUUUCAAAACAGUUGUUCAAGGACUCCGGUAUGUCAGUGAGUAUGACUUUGAACAGCGAGGCCGUGCCAGAGAAAAAUCUGAAGACUGAUGACAUCAUGAAUCGGGUUAUAACAAACGCUCAGCUUGAGGCUGCCUUGAAGAAGUCGGCACCAAAGGAGCAGAAAUCCCCACAUGUGAGCAGGGAUGUUGUUACUUCUGUUGCAAACGUAGGUCGAUCAAAAGAAGUGACACCGGUGGAAAAACGUGUAAAGAAUAAUUCACAAUCAUUGUUUAAAAUGCUUGAAACUGUUGCACAACCAAGUUCUAAGGCAGACAUUAGUUUUGACAAAUCACCAAAGAAAACUUGGCAUGAGACGAAGAACUCUACAGACAGGUUCACCACUUCGUCUUCAGAAACUCAAAAAGUUCAGAAAGAAGCCGCAAAAGUUCCCUAUCACCCCAAAAGCACUGGUAACACUAAGCCAGUGACAAAGAAAACUUACCCAAAGCAUGGAACGACAGACCGCAGCACAUUGGAGGCAAUGGAGCAAUACAACACUGAACUUCUUAAGCUAGCUUUGAUGGUACCACCUGGAAAUCAACCAAGAGACAAUAACCCGUUAGCAAACAUGCUAACCAUGGGCUACCCAGGUUUACUUCCACCGCCGUCUACAGGAGCAGAGGAUUUUGCAAACUUCAUGAAACUGCAGCAAGCUGCUAUGCAGAGUCAGCUACAGAACCCAUCGUUUAAACCUUACCUUACCAAUAUGCCGGCACAACCAAGCAAACACAAACCUGCCAAAAACUUUUUAAGUGAUCAGACUGGCAAGUUUGCCGAACCUUCGAAAGUGAAAACAAAAAUCACGAGCCAUAUCAGCAGCAAUAAUAAUCUAAACCAAAAGCAAAGCUCAUUCAAACCAUACGAUACCUCAAAAUCUGCGGUGCAGAAACAUUCAGAAAUCAAAGUAAAGAAAAUUCAGGACCCACACAAUUUAAGUCAGUCUCGACACACAGCACUCCACACUAGUCAGCCACAUCUCCAUCAGCCCAAACAGUCCCAGUCCAACACAGCAGCUAGCGUGCACCGUGACAUUUUAACCCAACACCACAAAUUGGUCAAACCAUCUGUUCCUAUAGAUCGGGUGAAGUGCCAGACAUUUAUCCCACCCAGUCCUUCUGUAUCUCCACACACCCCGAAAAGCAGCCACGACAAAAUCCAACAGAACUUCCAGAAGUCAAUUUUUUCACCAGACUGGGUGAUUCCUAAUUCCCGAACUACAAGCCCCCUAACCUCCCAAAAUUCAAGUCCGAGGAAUGCCCCUCUCAGUUCUCCUAGGGCAAGUCCUUUGUCCUUUACCAACCAUUCAGUAGCGAACACUUACACAAAACAAUACCCCAUCGGUACUGGUGCAUCUCUCCCAGGAACUGUCCCUUCUUCUCCCCAGUUAAGCUACACUCCAAUACUAAACAUGAACCCUCUUGAACCAAACUUUAUGUCAUUACCACAGGGUACAAUAAACGACAGACAGAGAGACAAAGCAGCAAUGGACGCCCUAGUUUCUGUUCAAAAUCAUCAAACCGGUACUCGUCGAUGACAAAAUGCAGACCUGACAGUGCACCAGUACAGUGCCGUAAACUAUUAUUUUGUAUUGGUACGCCACGAGUAAGGCGCGCAUGCAAGCGUCGAAACUUGUACCGUAUUUUUUGUCGAUCCGAUGCAAUUUUCGUCAAUCAAAAGUGUCCGCGAAUUUGCGAUCCGUUAAAAUGUCGAGUGCUGCUUAUUUAAUUUUUGUAUCAUGUGGUCGUUUAUAGGAAAUCUCAACACACGCGUACCAACAUACGAAUAUAAUGCCCAAACGUAAAAUAUUAUCUGUACCCCAGUGUAUAAUAAUAUAUGUUUAGCAAAACGCAUGAAAACCCCGUGGCCUUGAGCACGAUAAUGUGUACGUUGUUUUCAUUUAUUGAUAAAACUCGUUAGCCCAAGUCUCUUUUUUGGAAACCUAAUAAAUCAAGUUUGGUUUCACGAAAACACUUAUUCCGAUAAAAGCAAUAAACGAUGCAAAGACAGAACAAAAA